AUGUCGCCAUUAACUCUUCAACAUCAAACAAUGAAUCCUUUGGAUCCUCAGCCUCAUAAUGCUAGUCCAUCUCCAUGCUACUCCUGUGCUAUGCUAGGCAAGCCAUGUGUCACAAACCCAGCGCCGUCGUACCUUAACGUUCAACCUGCAGUUCCGAUGCAAAAUUCUCAAACAGGCACUUGUAAUGGCUAUAGGCAGAACUAUAACAGAAACGGUUCUAUGCCACAAAAUCCUGGGUAUAAUAGUGACCAGAUCAGCAAGGCGGCCUAUUUAGCUGCAUUGAGGUCCGAGGAAUAUUUACAGAAUGCAACUAGGGAUAUACUGUGCCCACCUGUACCUGUAAACAAGAAGCCAAGAGCCCCUCCGAAACAAAGAGCUAAAUCCGUAAAAAAAACAAAGAACGUUAACGCUAAUUUAGCAGCAAGCCCGAUCUGUAAUGUACCAGUUAACAACGGUGCCUCUACCUCUACCCUGCCCUGCUGCACCCCUACUCAAUCAUAUCCUUUACCGAACUGGGCGGCUUUCGGAAUUGAAAACACUGCGCCUCGAAAACCAACCCCAAAGGCUAAAACAGCAAAAGUAUCAAAUGUAAAAACUCAAGAUAACAAUAUUGAGAUACCACAAAUUGAGUUAACAACGGACGUUACCCAGAAAUCAAAUACGGACAUGACUCCGAAAAUAAUGCCAGCUCCGUUAAGUAUAGAAACUUAUAACCAUACAGUUAAUGAAAGAAUUUACACGACACAAACUAAUGUAACAACGACAGCGUAUAAUAUGAAUGCAAUCAACCUAAUACAAGAUCCUUCCAACGUAGAAGGACAAUCAAAACCUAUGACUAUGAAUAUUAAUAACAAUGGAACUCCAACUCAUUUAAUUGAAGCCUCUACUCAACAGGAUACAUCCAGCAAUGGUAUCAAUCACUCGCAAAUAAACACAGAGCUACCAUGGAUAGAUAUAAAAAGCGACGGGGCUACGAUUCCGCUGAUCAUGGAUCAGCAAGACGUGAGCAUGGAAAACAAUGAAUUACAAACAACAACGAAGACGGUUACAAAAAAUGUGCAGGGUGAAUCCUUUCUAGAACAAGCAAGUGACAACAUAGACAUUGAGACUGCAAUGGCUUUGUUACAUGCGGAUAUUGAUGAAGCUCCUACUAAUUCCACACAAAAUUCUACUAAUGCUUAUGAACUUGUGUCUACGACUUCUGUCACAACGGAAUCAACAUCACAUAAUAUAGAGAGCAAUGAUAUUAUAAUGAGAACUGACAUAUCUAAUUCUGAAGUACAUACUAACCGAGAAUUCAAUAUCAACCAAAUAAUAGAAAACACAGUAACAGUUUCAAUUGUGGAGAAAAUUAUCACUACUCAGAACAUUUCGUUCAAAACAGAAACCCUCUUAGACAUCUUAAACAAGGUGCAUAGCAAAGAGGAAGCUAAAAUAGGGGAAAAUAUGGAACAAACAAGAACAGAAGAUGCAAACAAAAUUAAAACCACACAUACAGCUGUAGACGAUGGCUCCACAAAAGGUAUUGAGGAGGAUGAUGACCAAACCAAGGAUGUGCCUGAUAGUAAAGACGAUGACAGAUUUCAAACUGCACGACAAAAAUUAGCACGGUGGUCUGCGAUAGAGCAGGAUAACAAAAAUAAACGUGCUGACUAUAAUACUCAAACAGAUAACAAUAAUCAAGAACGGUGCGCCAACAAAACAAAAAGCAGUAGCGCCGAAAACGCGUCCAGUUCGAACUCUGGCCAACAAAAUAUAAAUUCAAAUCCUUCAUCAAAUAAUAAUGACUCAAACCUAGAAAAUCACUCUAAAAAGAAGAAAAGCAUUAGUGACGACACAAUCCCAGAACUACAUAAAAUAAAUGCAACUGUUGUGUCAAAAAUCAUGGACGAUAGUGACAAAGCCCAUAAAAGACAAUCCAAAAAGCGGAAAAGCCUUAGUGCUGAAAUUGCACCCACAACAACUCCAGGCACAAACAAUACGUCAGAUAACAUCGACGAUCACAACAAAAACCAAGACCAGCACUCAAAGAGAAGGAAAAGUAUUUGCAGUAAAACUGCAACGAUUACAAGCCGAGGUGCACACAAUUCUAAGUCUACAUCGAAAAACAAUGAUGAUAAUGAUAAGAACCACGAGAGACCCUCCAAAAAACGGAAAAGUACUAGUGGUGAAGUUGCACCCAGUAAAAAUCAAAAUAGAAACAGUAAUGUGUCAGAAAACAACGACAAGGACAACGAAGGGCACUCAAAGAGGAGAAAAACUAUCAGUGCUGAAUCUGAAACCAGAGCAAACCAAAAUGACUGCCACAACAACUGUAAGAACAGAGAAAGGGAUUGUGAAGCAAGGAAGAAUACAUGUGACCAGUUAACUACCCCAAAAGACAAAGACACUGCAACCAAAAACAACGAAGAACACGAAACAAGGCAACCAAAUGCAAGCAAAAAUAUUAGUGAUGAAACUGCCACCAGUAAAAAAACAAUUACACCAUCUACUACCGACAGUAGCAAUAGCAACAAAGAACCAUGCAGCCCAGACAUAAAUCACGCUGCAAAUAAGAAAAAGGACAAUAACGAAGUAAGGAAAAGCAUUGAUUCUGAAACUACUGCUAAGAAAGAUACAGGACGACUCAAUGUUCAAGAUAAUGCGUCAAAUAAGAACAAAGAUAACGAGAACAACAUAACUAGGACUUGUGAAGCAACGAAAAGUACAAGUACAGACAUUUUAAGCAAGAAACAGACUACGACAGGGAGUAACGCUACAAGUACAGAAACUGCAACCAAUAAUCAUAUUGAAAACCAAAAAUUACCACCUAUCAUACUAAAAAUCUUUAGAGAUCGUGUAGAGAGUAUAAUAAGGAAUAAGAAUAAUGGUGAAAAACGGCAUAACAGUGUUAAUGAUGAAAAAGCGUCUGACAAAAGUGCCAAAACACUAAACGCCAAUGAAAAAGAUGAGUUACCCAGAGUGGAGAUUCCUGCGAGCGAGCGACCCGCGUCGAGCGCGUCUAUGGUGCGCGUGGCGAGAGACUGUGCGGUGGGGGUGUGA